AUGGAAGAAGAACAUCUUAACCCAAUCGUGGGUGAACACCCACGCAUUUCCCUUCCACAGAGCUCUGCAGUGAGGGAUUCGGUCAUUACCUACAGUACUGAUAUUGGAGGUAGCAGUAUUGGAGAAACUCGAACAAACACGUUUACGAGUAAGCAAAUGACAGAAAGCUCUCCACGCUUCUAUCGCCAGAAGCGUUUCUGGACUAUAUGCGUUGCUGUGACUAUAGUGCUUUUGGCCAUAUUUAUUCCUCUAUUUAUCCUCGUCAUUUUUCCCGCAAUCGCUCAAUCUGCAAUUGACGGUUCUACAUUAAAUCUUAAUAGUAUAAACCUCACAGAUAUUCAAGAAGAUAGUGUAACAAUAGCUUCUAGUGGCAAUGUUACCAAUGCUGGUCCUUUUUCGUCUACAAUAUCUUUCGAUGAACCAGUAUCUAUGAUUUACAAUGGUAUAGAGAUGGCUCGACUUAAUUUUGAUCCUAUUUCAACUAAUAAUGGUCAUGCAGAUAUUAUAUUAGGUGCGAGAAAAUUAACAAUUAUAGACAAAGAUGCAUUUAGCAAUUUUUCACUGGAUGCCUUUGUACAGGACAGUAUAAAAAUGACAAUAAAAGGGUCUGCUCGUGUAAAAUCUAUUGGUAUAACAAGAGGCAGUUUAAACUUACAUAAGGAAGUCACACUGAAAGGUGCUAGCAAUUUCCCUAAUGUCAGCAUAGCAUCAUUAAAUAUCAAUCAGGAUCCUCAGAAUCCCAACAACCUGAUAAUAGAACACAUUGCCCAAUUAUAUAAUCCAUCUAUUUUUUAUAUAAAUAUGGGCAAAUAUGGUGCAAAUAUUGUUUAUAAUAAUACUCACAUUGCAAGUAUGGUGAUUACGAAUUUCACAUUAGAGCCCGGUAUGAACAAUAUCAGCAUGAUUGGUAAUGCAGUUAUGCCAAAUUCUCUUCAGGAUCUUGCUAAUUUAGGUUCAGUUAUGCAAGCAUAUAUGACAAAUAAUCCAAUAACGACACAAGCGCAAGGUGUAUAUGUAUAUCCAGAUGGUCAAAAUUCUGUGGCAUGGCUUACAUCAGUAAUCACUAAACUGCCAUUGAACGCUGUCGUUGGCAAUAAUCCUAGACUUGAAAUAAUUACAGGCUUAGAUCUUGGUAACCCUACUGUGAAUUUUAAUGGACAACCAGAUUAUGCGGCUUUAUUCUCUGCUACAAAUGUUAAAGCCAGAUAUAAAUUACCUUUUAACAUUAAUACAACAGUAUUGCAAGUUAAACAAGACAUUACACUCCUCACUGAAGAUGGUCAAGAAUUUGCUAAUCAUUCUACCAGCAUCAUUACUGUUACUAACGAUAAUGGUACUGAAAUUAUCAUUGAUAUUCCACCAACUCCGCUCACUGUGAUUUCUGGCAACAAUAAUAUAUAUCAAACAUUUUUUGCAAAUUUAACAAAAAAUGAUCAGGGAGUAGUGAAUAUAAAAGGUUUAGUUAAUAUUGUAGCCAAUACAACUUUGGGUGCCAUUCCAAUUAAUGGGAUUCCAUUCAACGUUACCACUACAUUACAAGGCUUUUCUAAUUUUGCCAAGACCGCUCCUACCGUUAACAAUGUAACAAUUCUUGAUGCUACUUCAAGUUCUAUGGUUCUUGGAAUUCAUGCUACUAUUCACAACCCUUCAAAUAUGUCAAUUAUGCUUGGCACUACAACUUUUAAGAUCCUCCACAAUGAUGCAGAAAUUGGUGUAGCUAGUACAAAUCUGUCAGUUGUCCCUGGCGCUAAUAAUGUUACUCUCCAGUCAACUAUGGAUCCAAACAAUUCACCUCAAGCUACUGAAAUCCUUACAAACUUUAUGAACAAAAUUGAUUCUCUUGUUAUUGUCGCAGGUUAUGAUGGUUCAACUACAACAGGAAUUGUGGAUAUGUCAAAUCCUUUUGUAGCUGGAUUGAAUAUUAUAGCGAUUGAGUCAACCAUUACUGCUGAUGAUUUUCAACUUGCAAAAGUCUCUCAAUCAAAUCUUAAUAUUAAUAUUCCUGGAGGUAAAACAAUUACUACCGAUUUACCAAUAUCACUUAACCUUGAUCCUCCUACACUUUUUGGUCUUUUACGUCAAGAAGCCAAAACAAAAAAACUGAAUACCGAUGUAAUUGAUACCUUGAUAUCUAUAGGUAAUAUUAAUGUUCCAGGGGUACCUCAUAUAGAUCCUUCAAAAAUUAAUCCAGACAUUUUCGAUAACUUUGAUAUUAUCAAAUUCACCAAAUCUGCUAUGGGUAGUAUUAGCACAAACAUGUCAAAUGUAGCUACUGUUGUAAUUGUUGGUAAAUCUGGUAGCUACCAAUUAAAUUCUUUGCCUAUGACUCAACUCGUUACCAACAACGUGGAUGAUAGUAUUAAAAUCUUAAUUAGGCAUCUUUCUGUACCAAUUGCUACAUCAAUUGUAGCUGCAUCAACUACUACUUUCACUAGUGUUAAAAUUCAAAACCCAGGUGAAUCCGAAUUUACUUCUAUAAUUAGUGGAGAAAUUGAAGCUACUGUACCACUUAGUGCUCAAAUUGCUACUCCAAAUGGUUUUUCUGUAACCUUUAAUGAUAAAAAACUUGGUAAUGUUAACUUUCCAUCACUCAAACUUGUCCGAGGAAAAGGGAAACUCAAAAGUUUAAAAUCCCAAUUUAAGAUUGAAGACAAAGACGCUUUAGCAGACUUCACUCAACAAUUCUUAAAUGUAGAUACAGUCUCAUGGUUAAUUACUUCACCAAGUAUCACCGUUACUGCAAUGAAACUUGACAUACCUGGAGUUCCAUUUAAUCAAAAUAUUCAAUUAAAGGGUGCGAAUGGAUUCAAAAAUGCUAUUAAAAUUAACAAAUUUGAACUUCCGGGAGAUGCACAUGAAGGUGGAAUUUCAACUACUAUUGAUGCUACACUUUCAAAUUCUGGUACAAUUGGUAUAGAAUUGGGAACUGCUUUAUUCGAUGUUUUCUCUGACACUACUAAGAUUGGUGAAGUUUCUACUGAUGGUUUUGUCCUUCAACCAAAUGGUGAUUCAAGUCUUAAGUUAAAAGGUCGUUUAAUUCCUCAAUCAGGUGAUGGUUUGCAAGUUAUUCAAAAAAUAUUUAAUGAAUUUCUUGCUGAGCAGGAAAUUCCUCUUUCAACAAAGGGGACAGGCAUCAAACCUUCAAUCAAUUGGAUUGAACCUGCAUUUAAAUCACUUAAAAUAGAUUCAGUUCUUCCAGCUCAACAUAAUCCACCUCUUAUUUCCGGUAUAAAUCUAGAUAAACUUAGUUUAACCUUUACACCAGACACUGCAUAUAAUCCUGACUCUUCUUCAGACAAAAUCACAGCUGAGGUACAAACGUCUUUCGGGUUCUCUUUGGACAUUACAGAUGUUGCACAAAAAGUUGUUAUAAUUAAUGAUGGUGCUAAUAUGGCCGAACUCGACCUUGCUAAAACACCUACAUCUUCAAAAAUUAAAGAUGGGAAAGGAACUGUUGAUAUUUCAUAUAAACAUAUUCCGUUACAAGUAUUUGGUGAUGCACACAGCAAUUUUGAUUCAUAUGUUAAAGAUUUAACCAUUAAGGAUUCAUUAAAGUUUGGUUUUGUGGGAUCUACCGACGCUUUCGUUAAAACACCUGUGGGAGAAGUAACACUUAGUAACAUUAGUGUGAAUGUCAUUAGCAAAUUGGAUGGAUUUCAAGGUUUUAAUUCGAAAAAAUCACCAGCGAAACUUAUAGAUGUUACAAAUGGCACGGAAGAUACUCUUACUAUACCAAUUAGUACAUCUAUAUUUAAUCCAACCGGCAAUACAAUCAGUGUUGGUGAUGUAAAUUUCGGCUUUUCUUUUGAGAAACAAGUAUUAGGAACCGCUCUUAUCCAAAAAUUAACUCUUGUUCCGGGAAUUAAUAAUGUCACUUCUAUUGUCACAUUCAAACCAACAACAGAUGCUGCUAAAGUAGCAGGUUUGAAAAUGUUUUCUAGUUUUGUCUCGAAUAAAACAGUAUCAACCGUCAUUUUUGGUUCAGAAAAAUCAACAGAAGUAGAUAGUUUGAAAAAAGCAUUUUCAGCAAUAAGUAUUCAAAAAGAAUUACCGCCCUUACCCAGACCAUUAAUUAAAUCUAUGUUCGUCAGCCUUACUGAUACCACACCCCAAACUAAACUAGCGAGUGGUGGUUUCUUCUUUGACAAUCAAUUUACAACUGACAUCUCUAUGACGGGUGUUCAAAACGGUGUAGUUAAGUUUCAUAAUAUCCUCCUUGGAUUGAUUAAUAUCACAUCUCCAUUCCCAAUUGUCUUUCCAGGAAAGAAUGUUACACAAUCACAACCACCGCUCCCCAUAACUCUUAAUCUAAACCCGAAGGAUCUUAUUAAUAUAAUUAAACUUGCAGCUAAAGAUGCAGAACCAGAUAAAAAACCCAAACCACCUAAAGGUAAUAUUACCGAUCUUAUCCUAGAAGUACUCAACAGUAUGAAAGUUGAUCUCACUGUAGAACGAGCGGAUUCAAGUAUUGGUAAAUUUAAGGCCCCAUUAGCAAUGGAAGUAAAAAAAGUGCCCGUAGCUUUUGAUAGCUCAGCACUUAUAUUAAUGAGUGUAGUUGCCCCUCAAGUUGCACAAAGAAUUAUUGAUCAUA